CAUAUUUUAAGAGGUGAUAUAAUCAAAAUUUAGGGCGAUUACAUUUUAGGGAGGAAGUCUCGGUGACGUUUCACUUAUUCGUUUUCUCUUACCACCUCUCAGUUUUCGGAAAAGUGACGUGCUCCCCACGCGUGACAAUGGAGGCGACAGAAUUGUUCCCACCUCCUGAAAACUUGACGGCGGUUGUCGUGCACCCGUUAUGCGAAGAAUGGAAGGGGGGAUCCGAGGGUGCCAUCUUCCACCUCGCCAGUAUCUUCCUUGUUUUGGGGUUCAUGGGAGGGAGCGGGUUCUAUGGGCUCCUCUACUUGUUUACCUUUCUGACGCUCGGUUUCUUCUGCACAACCAUUUGGUCAUGGUCGGACGCGUGCACCACCGACACCUUUUUGUGGAAUUUCGCUCUUUUUGGGGUAUGUGCGGUUCAAGUUGUGCAUGUCGCCUACCGGCUGAGGAACGUUACUUUCGAAAAGGAGUUUCAAGAUCUGUACAGCUACCUGUUCAAAAAGCUGGGGGUGUCGCUCACCCACUUCGGCAAGAUAGUCGCCUGUUGUGAAGGGGACAUCCACACCAUAGAGAAAGACCACUGUUAUGCCAUGGAGGGCAAGACUGCUAUUGAUAAGCUGUCCGUUCUUCUGUCCGGCAGAAUUCGUGUGACAGUAAAUGGAGAGUUUUUACAUGACAUCUAUCCUUUCCAGUUUCUCGAUUCACCUGAAUGGGACUCUCUCCGGCCGUCAGAGGAGGGAGUUUUCCAGGUGACCCUGCGUGCAGAUAAUGGCUGUAGGUACGUUUCUUGGAGGCGUAAGAAACUGUACCUACUCUUCGCCAAGCACCGCUACAUCGCCAAGGUCUUUGCUCUCGUGGUGCGGAAUGACAUCGCCGACAAGCUGUACUCUCUCAACGACAAGGCGUUCGACAGCCGCGGGUUCCGAUAUGAUCUCAGGUUACCCACCUACUGUCACGUGCAUCCGUUGCCUGAAUUAGACCACUCGUUCCUACGAGUCCCGGCGCAAUAUGACCAUGGCCACCGUGCCCGUGUCCCUAUAACUAUAACAGCACCAGAAGAGACUGACUCGUGA